AUGGCGCGACAGCCCUUGAUCGAAAACAUGUCGCCCAAAGACUCAUGGUGUCACGAAGAGGCAGAUGGCAGACUGCUUCUCAAGAAGGCCUAUUCGAGACUCAAACACGGGACCGGAGCCGUGGUGUUGUCAGCGCCGGCUGCGGCUGCCCUUGCGUUGACGGAUCUCUGCUGUGCCAGAGGACUCGGGAUGGUGUACACAGUUAUCCAGUGCAAAGAAAGUCGAUCACUCCCGGAUCUUUUGUACGUGUCGAAAAUGUGGACUGCCGUCCAACAAGAAGAGUGGAGGGCAAUGAAGCCGGUGGUUCGACUUGACCGUAUCGCCAGCAGCCACGGAUGGAUCCGAGAUGACGUCUUGGUGUUACCGUUCUACCUCAGAGAAGCCCGAUACAUGUCACCUGGCAUCACCUUCCUCAACAGCCAGCACCCGUACUUGAUCAGAUUGCCUGAUGAUCGUGGCCCAGCCCCUCCGUCCCACGUCAAAAGCGAGCCGACGCAGUCCCCCCCACCACCGCCACGCAGCGAUAACGGUGGCUCCUUGGAUGUCGAACGCUACCGUGUCGAUGGACUGCGAGGUAUUCUGAACGAGCUGGAAGCGGUGUAUGAGAGUGCGACCGAGACAUUUGUGAUCAAGUUUGAGAUGUUCAAUAUUUGGGUGGGCCAAGUGGCGGAUAGGACAUGA